ACUGUUCUGUUCGUUGUCAGCCGUUGAGCUUAACGGUUGUUGUGUUCGGUGCUCCGGUGCAUACAUAUAACGGCGUUUCGUCGUGGUCUCUGGGACAAAUUGCAAGCUUAGCACGCCGGCGCACAAGUGCUGUGGAAGUGUGAUUUGUUAAGAUUUAAUUCAAUUAUCAAUCAACAACGUGCGCCUGCAAAAGUUUGGCCACUACGCUACGGCUAUACCUACAUACAAAAUAUUCGAAUAUAUGCAUAUGUAAACUUGCUCUUGCCAGUGUAAUUGUGUUGUGGUUUUUAUGUGUGGGUGACCCACACUCAAAUGCGAUUUAGUGCACUCUGCGUGGGUGUCGUCGUCGUCUCCAGCAUAACAGUAAAGGUGUGAAAGAGUAAACAAACGAAUCCAGUAAAGGGCCAAACGAAUUGAUUGGUUAACUACUACAAGAUGGUCGUCAAGGAGAUGCCUCUGCACGAGAAUCUCAGCAUGGAGAAUCGCUCGGGCAGUGCAUCCGCCCCAACCACCACAACGACCAGCUUCUCGCGGGUGGGCCGACGCUACAGCUUGUCUCUGACGACAGCCGUGAUCCUCGCUUCCUUCUUUCUGUGCACGCUGCUCGCCGUGGGCCUUAUUGUGUACAACUUUGCCACAUGCGAACAACAGGCGCCCGGCGAGGGCGAUGACAUUGUCUGCACCAGUGUCCAUUUGCGGCACAAGCAGCGCCACGGCCACAACGAUGGACAGCCGAAGUACGAUCGGGAUGUGCGCCUGCCCCGCUCCAUACAGCCGCUCAAGUACAACAUCACGCUGGUGCCGCAGCUGAGCGGCAACUUUAGCUUCGCUGGCACCGUGCAGAUACGCAUUCGAGUGCUCGAGGAUUGCUACAACAUCACCAUGCACGCCGAGGAGCUGAAUAUCUCGCGCAGCGAUGCCGCCGUCUACCGAGUGCUGGCCAAGCAGGAGCUGGACAAGGACUCUCUGCGUAUCCACAAGCAGUAUCUGGUGGGAGCCAAGCAGUUCUUUGUCAUCGAACUGUACGACAAGCUGCUGCGUGGCGCCGAGUAUGUGGUGCAUCUGCGCUUCGAUGGCAUCAUUCAGGACUAUCUGCAGGGAUUCUAUCGCAGCUCCUACGAAGUGGCCAAUGAAACGAGGUGGGUUGCCUCCACACAGUUCCAGGCCACGGAUGCCCGUCGCGCCUUUCCCUGCUUCGAUGAACCGGCGCUAAAGGCCAACUUUACGCUGCACAUUGCACGACCAAGCAACAUGACCACAGUGUCCAAUAUGCCCAUUGUACACAGCAAUAAUCACGAAAACAUACCCAAUUAUGUGUGGGAUCACUUUGCCGAAUCACUGCCCAUGUCCACAUAUCUGGUGGCCUAUGCCAUCUCCGACUUUACGCACAUCUCCUCGGGCAACAUUUCGGUGUGGGCCAGAGCCGAUGCCAUCAAGUCAGCGGAAUAUGCCCUGAGUGUCGCUCCGAAGAUACUCAACUUUCUGCAAGAGUUCUUCAAUGUGACAUUCCCUCUGCCAAAGAUCGAUAUGAUUGCACUGCCCGAGUUCCAGGCGGGCGCCAUGGAGAACUGGGGAUUGAUUACCUAUCGGGAGACGACAAUGCUGUACGAUCCGGGUGUCGCGACGGCCAACAACAAGCAGCGUGUGGCCUCGGUGGUGGGUCACGAGUUGGCCCAUCAGUGGUUCGGGAAUCUGGUGACGCCCAGCUGGUGGUCGGACAUCUGGCUGAAUGAGGGAUUCGCCAGCUACAUGGAGUACAUUACAGCGGACGCUGUGGCGCCCGAGUGGAAGCAGCUGGACCAGUUUGUGGUCAAUGAACUGCAGACGGUGUUCCAGCUGGAUGCGCUCUCCACAUCGCACAAGAUCUCACAUCAGGUGUUCAAUCCGCAGGAGAUAUCCGAGAUAUUCGAUCGCAUUUCGUAUGCCAAGGGAUCGGCCAUCAUACGAAUGAUGGCACACUUCCUAACCAAUCCAGUGUUUCGCCGCGGACUCAGCAAGUAUCUGCAGGAGAUGGCGUACAACUCAGCCACGCAGGACGAUCUCUGGCGUUUCCUCACCAACGAAGCGAAAUCCUCCGGGCUGCUGGAUCACAGCACCAGUGUCAAGGAAAUCAUGGACACGUGGACGCUGCAGACGGGCUAUCCGGUGGUCAAGAUCUCGCGGCAUCCCAACACAAACGCCAUACGGCUGGAGCAAGUGCGCUUCGUCUACACCAACACCACGAAGGAGGAUGAGGGUCUGCUCUGGUGGAUACCCAUCACCUUUACCACCGCCUCGGAAUUGAAUUUUGCCAACACUCGCCCCACCACCUGGAUGCCGCGCACAAAGCUGUACGAGCUGGAGAACCGUAAUCUAUCCACUGCCAAGUGGUUCAUCUUCAACAUCCAACAGACGGGCUACUAUCGCGUCAACUACGAUUUGGACAAUUGGCGAGCGGUGACCGAACAUCUGAUGGAUGCCAAGCACUUUGAGGAGAUUGCGCCAGCCAAUCGGGCCCAGCUUAUUGACGAUGUGCUGAAUCUGGCACGUGGCUCGUAUUUGUCGUAUGGCACGGCCAUGAAUCUCACACGGUAUCUGGGCCACGAGACAGGCCAUGUGCCCUGGAAGGCGGCCAUCACGAAUUUUAAUUUUAUUGAUUCCAUGUUUGUCAACUCUGGGGAUUAUGAUCUGCUCAAGAACUAUCUGCUGAAACAGCUGCGAAAGGUCUACGAUGAGGUGGGAUUCAAGGAUUCGCAGCGGGAGAGCGAGGACAUCUUGUUGCUGCUGAAACGUUCCGAGAUACUGAAUAUGGCCUGCCAUUUGGGGCAUCAGGAGUGCAUCUCCGAGAGCAAUAGGCACUUCCAAAACUGGGUGCAAAGCGCCAAUCCCGAUGCCAAUAAUCCCAUUGGACCCAAUCUGCGUGGUGUUGUCUACUGUUCGGCCAUACAAUAUGGCACCGAAUACGAGUGGGACUUUGCGUUUGAGCGGUAUCUGAAGACCAGCAUACCAGCGGAGAAGGAGCUGCUGCUGAGUGCGCUCGGCUGCUCCAAGGAGCCCUGGCUGCUCUAUCGCUAUCUGCGUCGUGGCAUUGCCGGUCAGCACAUACGCAAGCAGGAUGUCUUUCGGGUGUUUGCUGCCGUCUCCAAUACGGUGGUGGGUCAGCAAAUAGCCUUUGAUUUCCUACGCAAUAACUGGCAAGAGAUCAACACAUACAUGGGCUCGCAGAUAUCCAACAUACACACAUUGCUGAAGUUUGCGACAAAGCGCAUGAAUUCCAAGUUCCAGUUGGCCGAGUUCGAGGACUUUGUGAAGGAUGCACGCUGGGACUACGAUCGGCCCAUACAGCAGAUCGUGGAACAGGUGGAGACCAGCGUGGACUGGAUGAACCGCAACUACAAGUCGAUUGUCGAGUGGCUGAAGAUCGAAGCAAAGAUCGAGGGAGCGUAAGCAGGAUUGCAGGAUCAAUGCUGCAGCAGUAUUAGAAAAACAUUUUGCAAACUGCAACUGCAUUAUCAUUUUAGCUUUUACCUUUUAAGUUCUUUGUCUUGGGCAACCAAUGCAUUUAUAUUUAGUAUUUAUAUUUACAUUUAUGUAUAUCUCUCCAGUGUUUUCGCCAAAGGAGAUUGAACCUUUGGCCUUUGGCAGAUGGUGAAACAAAUGCGACGGCACCCCGCCACGGUCCGUCCAAUGCUGAAGCUGAAGCGCCUUGCCUCGUAUCGUAUCGAUGUUUUUUCUGGUACUUUUUAAUGUAUGCUCGUACUUUGUUCAUAUUUUUGUUCAUUACAAUUAUGAGAGUCUUGUAAUAAUUUUGUUUAGUUUUAAUUGCUAACCGUAUUUACCCUGUACUUGUACUUAAAUGUAAAUCGAAUUAAAUGGAAUGCAAAUGGAUCAUCA